AUGGUCACCGUCACUCCAGAACAAAUACACGACAAAUCUUUGCCAAUAAGAGACCGUAUGGAAGCUCUUAUCAGAGUUAAACAACAAGAAAUCACCCAAGGAUUAGCUUCUUUGGAUACGGUUCAAUUUCAAACCGAUAAAUGGAUUAGAGGCAACAAUGGUGGUGGAGGUGAAUCAAUGGUUUUACAAAAUGGUACUACUUUUGAAAAAGGUGGUGUCAAUAUUUCCAUUGUUCAUGGUAAAUUACCUCCUCAAGCUGUAACAAGAAUGAGAGCUGAUCAUGCUAAUUUGAAAGGUUCUGAUAGUGAUGGAAGUGUCAAUUUCUUUGCUUGUGGUUUAUCAAUGGUUAUUCAUCCAAUUAACCCUCAUGCUCCAACCACUCAUGCUAACUAUAGAUAUUUCGAAACUACUGAUCCAGAAACAAAUGAAGUUCAAGCUUGGUGGUUUGGUGGUGGUGCUGAUUUAACUCCAUCUUAUUUAUAUGAAGAAGAUGCUGUUUUGUUCCAUCAAAAACAUAAGGAAGCCUUAGAUAAACACGAUAAAGAAUUGUAUCCAAAAUACAAAAAAUGGUGUGAUGAAUAUUUCUUUAUUAAACAUAGAAAUGAAACUAGAGGUAUUGGUGGUAUUUUCUUUGAUGAUUUUGAUUCAAAGCCAGCUGAUGAAAUCUUACAUAUUAUUGAAGAUUGUUUUGAUGCUUUCUUACCAUCUUAUUUGCCAACCAUUGCCAAAAGAAAGGACUUACCUUACACUCCUGAACAAAGGGAAUGGCAACAAAUCAGAAGAGGAAGAUAUGUUGAAUUCAAUUUAGUCUUAGAUAGAGGUACUCAAUUCGGUUUACAAACCCCAGGUUCAAGAGUCGAAAGUAUCUUGAUGUCUUUACCAAAGACUGCUUCUUGGUUAUAUGAUCAUCAUCCAGAAGAAGGUAGCGAUGAAGACAAAUUAUUAAAAGUAUUACAAUCCCCUAGAGAAUGGGUUUAA